AUGAAGAAGGCUAUUUCUGUUGUAUUUGUUGACACGAGGCAUCGGUUAUGCAUGUGGCAUGUGGUGCAUAAACUUUAUCUGAAGGUUGGUGUUAGGAUAUGCAAUUCCACCAAUUUCAAAGAACGUAUUUGUGGUGUUGUGUGGACGGAUAUUCUUACACCUGAAAAGUUUGAAUCAGAAUGGGAAAUGGUUAUCGGAGAGUUCAAUUUAGCAGAUAAUGACUGGCUAUCUGAUAUUUUUGCACUCAGGAUACUACAGAAUGGAAGAGCUGUCGGGCCUUAUGCGAACGACAUCGAGGUAAUGUAUCGUAAGUCUGACUGCACAUGCAGUUGCUCAUGCAGGCGUUUUGAGCAGUUUGGUUUGCUAUGUAGACAUAUAUUCUAUGUUUUGAGAAGUAUGGACAUUAGGGAAUUUCCAAAACAAUACAUUUUGAAUAGAUGGCGCAAAGAGGCUUCCCCAGACUGCUCUCCCGAAUACUCAAUUAGUCGUGAAUAUAUGACCGAGCUUGAUCCCGAUGUGCAAAGUAUGAUGCGAGAUAUUAUUUUUUCAACAGAAUAUACUUUGAACCGUUUAUCUGGUAAUAAAGAGGAGCUAUCCUUAUACAAGGAUCAUGUUCAAUCUUAUAUGAAGAAGGUUCAAGAUAUGCAGAAUGUUGCUCCUCCCGCUAGCACUAGGGAUAGAUUUUCUGAGAUAACUGGUCAAUAUAAAAAUGACAAGAAUCCGAUAAGAGUCCCUGUUGGGUAUAAAUCCAAAGGUUCUGGUUCUCGGAAGCGCCUGAAAUCUAAACAGGAGAUAGCAAUCGAGAAAAAGAAAUCAAAGUCGAAAUCCGGGGUCAAAGAAAGACAGUGUCAGAACUGCAAAGGCUAUGGACACUAUGCAUCGACAUGCAAAAAGGUCGUAAUUAAAAGAAGAUCGAUAAGGUCUUCGAGAGCCAGUGAAGAGUAG